AUGGCCUAUUUACAUCCGCUCAAGAGAAACCUUCCUUCGGAAACUGUGCUUUAUUCACUCGGAAACCCUCGUAGAUUAUUAAUCAUGUGGACUCCAGAUAUCGAGUCUGCUUUGUUUCGCGGAGUGUGCAAAUUCAAGCCAUCCGGGAUUCACAAGCAUUGGCAAAUGAUUAAUGUCAAUUUAUUUAUGAAUGAAGUUCUGAAUCCAAGCCCAGUCACGAUCGACCAGUGCUGGGCUAAGCUCGGUGAACUUUACGAUCUUGCCGGGGUUGAAGCAAUUGAAGACGAGUCUCGAGAAGAAGCAGAGCGCGAGUUCAGGCUAUCAUGGGAUGAAUUUGGGGAUUUGAUGCUCGAGCACGCUCUCAACCCGGAGCCGAGCGAGGAUGAGGACGAGGUCAAGGAGCCUGUCACACCCAGUGAAGAAGAGGAAGAGGACGACGGAGAAGGCGAGGACGGCGCAGGCGAAGAGGAUGAAGAUGAAGAUGAAGAAAGUCAAAGGGCUUUGAUGGACUCGCGGGCGAGCUCUGUCGAUCCGGAUGAGGACAAACGGUCCCGCCGCCAGCGAAGAGGUACAACGCCAGACGACGAACCGAAAGGGCGACGCCAAUCCGGCCGCUUGGCUCGGGCUCGAAGUGCACCGAAAUCAGAACAGAAGAGCGAGUCCAAAAACGAGCAGAAAAAACGCCGUGCAACCAGCGCAGCAUCGACGCCCAAACGAAAGCAGCCGGCGGCUAAGAAGGAAGAAGCGCCAGCUGCCAAACGCCGCAAACGCAAGUAG